AUGUUUCGGGUGACUUUACGCAGCAUAGCCUCCUUGGACAGCAGUGCAUUGCUCCAUAGAACAGUUUUGGGGAUUGGAACUGAUCUCGUUCAUUUGCCCCGAUUUACAAAGAUAGUAGGCAAAUGUACACCUAUCCUAGAGAAUAAAAGGAUGGAUCGAUUGCUGGGCAAGUUCAUGCAUACAGUGGAGCUAUGUAGGCUGAAGGAGAUGCUCAAAGAUGGGGAUGGCGUCCAGAAUAUGACGCGCUACAUUGCUGGUGUUUGGGCCACUAAGGAAGCUGUUUAUAAGAGUCUUGCUUCCCAGAACCUGGCGAGCACAAUGCCUCCGGCUCGAAUUAUUUACACAAAGCUGUGCUACAAGAUCAACGACACUGAUGGUAGUCCGAAGGUCAUGAUUGACAAAAACUUUGCAACAGCUUACCCAGAGUUCAUGCGCUGUCUUAUCGCAGACACGGAAUUUCUCAUCAGUCUCUCGCACGACCAAGACUAUUUGGUGAGCUACGUUUGCCACGUCAGAGUGUAA